AUGAUUUUCGAAAUUUUGUUGAUCAAAUGGACUUGUGUUUCUAAAGAUUGCAGUCGACAAGAAGCAAAUAUCGAAGUUUUACAAGACAUACAUGAUCCCCAUUCAAGCAAAAUCACAAUAAAAGCAAGCAAAUUAAUAGGAAAUCCAAUAUCAAUGCCAAUGUUCUAUUUCAGAAGUGAUGUUGGCCAUUCAAACUUACAAAAAUCAUUUCCAUUAGCACAUUUUGAUAAAUUGGGAGGUUCAAUUUAUCAAAUCGGCUUUAGAGGCAUUGAUUCAAACAUUACAUUUGAUAAUCAGCUUUACAAACUCUUAAAACUAUCAGAUGAAAAGGAUAUUAUCAAAACAACAACAGAUUUCAACAGAAAAUACAAAAUUGACCAAUUUUGGUUGGAAAGCAGAGCAAAUGACAUCAAGGAAAUCGCUUUGCAAGAAGGAAUACCGAAGUUUAAUAUACUUGCAAUUGGAAAAUCCGCAACUUUAAUUACUCAACAGUUAAUGUUACAAUUUCCGGACAUUAUAAACAGAGUUGCCCUUGCCGAUACAUCAGUACCGUCAUCAUACAAUACAGAAAGCACAUCAGAUUUGAUAGAAAGGUAUUUUUCGGCUUGUUCGAAAGAUCCGAAAUGUAAACUCACAAAUUAUACAUGGCCGCCACAAAAUAUACCAUCAAGAAUUCUUUUUACAAUGAGUGUCGAUAAAACAAACUUUAUUUAUCAGACAGAAACUAAUUUAAGAAAAUAUUCUACGGCACCCAAUGCUUUAAUUGUCAUGGACUCGAUUGCACGCAAUUCUACAUCAAUAUACUUAGCGUAUAACUACAUUCCAGGCUUUGAUGAACUGAAAUUUUCGUUGGCCGAAUCAAUUUUACAUUUUUGUAUGGAAGAUUCCGAUAAAUCCUCAUUCUUCUUCCAAAAGAUACGCAAUGCAUGCAAGUACAUGCCGAAAAUCCAAGGGUUACCUCAAGGAAACUUCACAUCUCAGAUUCUUCUCGUAAGUGGCGAAUACGACCUUCCUUCUUUCCCCACAACAUUGAAAUAUCUGCAGGCAAAGUCCGAAAAUCCCAGCAAAGUGGCCGUAACUUAUUACAGGAACUCGACAUCGAAUGAAAUCAUCUUUAACCCUGUAGUUUUCAGGGAAGUAAUGAGUUAUUUGAAUUUCGGAUCAACAAACUUUACUUUGAGUAUAACUUCUGGCCCAAUUAACUGGAAUCCUUCUUGGAAUCCAAGAUUUGUAAUUAAAGGCAUUUUUACAAUUGCUUUCUCGAUAACUUCGAUAAUUGUUGUCAUGAUGAUCCUUAAUUUGAAGAGUAUUAAUACAAUGAAGAAUAAUGAAGAAGAAUUAGAGAGAUUGUUGAAGAAACAUGAUGAAGUCCACUCUAUAACAACAAACAACAAGAACCCCAAAAAAUUAACCACUCAAAUUAAGAAAUCGAAGAAGAAAUAA